AUCGCGUGUCACCGCGCUAACUUACCCCACCGUAAGUCAUGUCUGUGUAAAUACUAAAAGUUGAAUAGAAGAAAAGAACAUGGAGGACGACGGUGAAGAGGAGGAGUGCAGUUUUUACCCGAACUUUGGUCCGUUCGGCAGUGAGAUCAAGGCCAGGAUGCAGCAGCUGGUGGAAGAAAGGACUGAAGUUAAUAUGUGGACGGCUCUGCUGAUCGUGUCUGUGACGGUGACGUCGUUCGUCGGAGUCGUCGUGUUUUUUCUUUACAGAAGCUACAAAGUGUCAAAGGAGAAAGUCCCUCAUUAUCGCUUCAGAAAGAGAGACAAGGUGAUGUUUUAUGGACGAAAGAUCAUGAGAAAGGUUCAGACGUUGUCGUCACCUCCUCCCUCCAACUCCAACGCGUCCUCUCGGCAGAGAGCGAGGAAGAGAACCAAAGUCUUGUCGAUAGCUCGCAAGAUCCUGCGUAUACGGCGGGAGCCUCCCACCCUGCAGCCCAAAGAGCCUCCUCCCUGUCUGCUGGAGGCCGACCUGACCGAGUUUGACGUGCAGAACUCGCACCUCCCCUCUGAGGUGCUGUACAUGUUGAAAAAUGUCAGAGUGCUCGGACACUUCGAGAAGCCACUCUUCCUGGAGCUGUGUCGUCACAUGGUGCUGAUUCAGCUGCACCAGGGGGAGGCGCUCUUCCGACCGGGGGACACCGACGACAGCAUUUAUGUGGUUCAAGAUGGCCGCCUGGAGCUGUGCAUCCACGAGAGUGACGGUACGGAGGCCGUGGUGAAGGACGUUUUAACAGGAGACAGUGUCCACAGUCUGCUCAGCAUCAUGGACAUCAUCACUGGUUAUCCCGCGCCUUAUAAGACGGUGUCGGCCAGAGCUGCCGUCGCCUCCACCGUCCUGCGUCUUCCAGCUGCUGCGUUCCAGUCGGUCUUUGACAAAUAUCCUGAAACUCUGGUCCGAGUCAUUCAGAUAAUCAUGGUGCGCCUGCAGAGAGUGACCUUCCUCGCCUUACACAACUACCUCGGUCUGACCACGGAGCUCUUUAACACGGAGAGUCAGGCGAUCUCUCUGGUGUCAGUGGCUCAUGUUCUGGGAGACACUCACACACACAGAGGAAUCCGCAGGCAGCCGUCGCACUCUGACGACCAGAGCUCUGAGAAUGCAGAAAAAUCCAGCUCCUCUGAAACGUCCUCGUCAAAAUUCAGGAAGUCUCGUUCUCUGUCGCUGCCUGUUACAGGUGACACGUCGGUCACCGCCCUCAGCAGAUCAUGUGACCGCGAUGAAGCUGCCAAAGAUGACGCGGCUCCUCACAGUCCUGUGAAGUCCAUUCUGAAGAAGAGCGUCACCGUGCAGGAAACGCCGUCCGCCGUGUACCAGUACAGCGACGCCGGACCGGGAAACAAAGUCAGCGCCAUUUUCCACGCUGCUAAGAAGGAUCUGCUGCAGGUCAUUCAGUUACAGGAUCACACGCUGCUGGAGGGGAGGGUGAAUCUCCGUCAGGUCAAAGCUGGUUCUGUCGUGGCUCAUCAGGGAGACCAGGACGUGAGCGUGGGGUUCGUCAUCUCGGGUCUGCUUCACGUCUACCAGCGCAUGAUCGACCGCGAGGAGGAGACGCUGCUGUUCGUCGCCCACCCGGGGGAGAUGGUGGGUCACCUGGCCGUGCUGACGGGCGAGCCCCUCAUCUUCACCGUGCGAGCUCACAGAGACUGCACCUUCCUGUCCAUCUCCAAGGCUCACUUCUACGAGAUCAUGCGUGAGGAGCCCAGGGUUGUGUUGAAUGUCGCUCACACGGUGGUGAGGAGGGUUUCACCGUUUGUGAGACAGAUUGACUUUGCUCUGGACUGGAUGGCCGUGGAGGCUGGGCGAGCCGUCUACAGACAAGGAGACAAGUCGGACAGCACCUUCAUCGUCCUCAGCGGCCGACUGCGUUCUGUCAUUGCAAAGGAUGAUGGGAAGAAGGAGCUGGCCGGAGAGUACGGUCGUGGGGAUUUAAUAGGCGUGGUGGAGGCGCUGACUCACAUGAACCGAGCCACCACGGUCCACGCUGUCAGAGACUCGGAGCUGGCCAAGUUACCUGAAGGAGCUCUGAACUCCAUCAAGAGGAGGUAUCCUCAGGUGGUCACCAGGCUGAUUCACCUGCUGGGACAGAAGAUCCUGGGCAACAUGCAGCAGGUCAACGGACCUCUGGCUGCUCGUAGUCUGGCUAUCAGCACUCCCACCAGUAAAUGGGACGCUGGUAAUCCAGCCUCUAAUCUGUCCACUGUGGCCAUCCUGCCUGUGUCUGAGGAGGUUCCCCUCACUUCCUUCACUCUGGAGCUGCAGCAUGCACUCAGUGGCAUUGGUCCCACUCAGCUCCUGACCAGUGACAUCAUCAAACAGCGCCUCGGCUCUGCUGCUCUGGACAGUGUCCACGAGUACCGUCUGUCCAGUUGGCUCGGGCAGCAGGAAGACAUCCAUCGCAUCGUCCUGUACCAGUCGGACUCUGGACUCACUCCCUGGACGCAGCGCUGCAUCCGUCAGGCCGACUGCAUCAUCAUCGUGGGUCUGGGUGAACAGGAGCCCACUGUGGGGGAGUUGGAGCGGAUGUUGGAGAGCAGCGCAGUGCGGGCGCAGAAGCAGCUGGUGCUGCUGCACAGAGAGGACGGACCUCCACCCAAAGGCACCGCAGAGUGGCUGAACAUGCGCAGCUGGAUCUGCAGACACCACCACCUGUCGUGUCCUCGCAGAGUCUUCUCCAGGAGGAGUUUGCCCAAGCUGCGAGAGUUGUACCAGCGCGUGUUUGAGAAAUGUCCCGAUCGUCACUCCGACUUCUCCCGCUUGGCCAGGAUUCUGACGGGAAACAGCAUCGCCCUCGUACUGGGAGGAGGAGGAGCCAGAGGUUGUUCUCAGGUGGGAAUCCUGCGAGCGCUGAACGAGGCGGGGAUCCCCAUCGACAUGGUGGGAGGGACGUCCAUCGGCUCGUUCAUUGGAGCGCUGUACGCCGACGAGAAGAGCUACAGCCGCACCAGGGUGCGAGCUCGCGAGUGGGCCAUGGACAUGACCUCAUACUUUAAGAAGAUUCUGGACCUGACCUACCCUGUUACGUCCAUGUUUUCUGGAGCUUCCUUCAACUCUGGCAUCAAGUCCAUCUUCAAGGACAAACAGAUAGAGGACCUGUGGCUCCCGUACUUCAACAUCACGACAGAUAUCACCGCCUCGUCCAUGAGAGUUCACACUGACGGUUCACUGUGGCGAUACGUCCGGGCCAGUAUGUCUCUGUCGGGAUACCUGCCGCCGCUCUGUGACCCUAAAGACGGACAUUUACUCAUGGACGGCGGCUACAUCAACAACCUGCCUGCCGACGUGGCUCGAUCCAUGGGAGCCAAGGUCGUGAUCGCAAUCGACGUCGGAAGCCGCGAUGAAACAGACCUGACCAACUACGGCGACUCUCUGAACGGCUGGUGGUUACUAUGGAAACGAUUCAACCCUCUGGCUGAGAAAGUCAAGGUUCUGAACAUGGCAGAGAUCCAAACGCGCCUGGCUUACGUCUGCUGUGUGCGGCAGCUGGAGCACGUCAAAGACAGCGAGUACUGCGAGUACAUUCGACCGCCCAUCGACCACUACGCCACGCUGGAGUUUGGCAAGUUUGACGAGAUUGCCGAAGCUGGUUACCAACACGGGAAGACGCUGUUUGACGUGUGGCAGCGCAGCAGAGUGGUGGACAGCAUGAUGAAGGACCAACAUCAGGAGGAGUUCCACAAAACCAAACCUGGACACGUGGUCACCUGUCCUAACGCCUCCUUCACUGACCUGGCAGAGAUUGUGUCCAGAAUAGAACCUGUGAAAAACGCACAUGUCAAUGAGGAAAAGUCGGAUGAAUAUCAGACGGACUACGACGACGAGGCGGUCGAGAGCGCGAUGUCGGACUUUGAGGGGUUUCAGCCCGGCAGUGAACACACGGAGGGAGAGGAGACGACGGCCGACACGGCUGAGACUGAUGAAGACGUUCACAUCAGAGGUUAACCCUCGAGGAUAAAUCUCUGACCACUGACUCACACACACACACACACACACACACACUGUCUUCUCCAGUGCAGAAUCCUGCAGCAGAUCAAACUAUGGUUCUCAAACUGUCACGAAAAUCAGAAAUUCUGUUCUACUGUAUAAACCAGGGUGUGUGAUUGGACAAGAGUGAGUAGAAAAUUAAACUAAAAUUAAAUACUAUUAAUAAUAAUAAUAAUUGGAGUCACCUGAUUUCUCGCUGCAUCUUUAUCUAAUGUCACUCUACCAGUGUGUGAAGUUUAUGUGAGGAAGAGGAGGAUGAUGAGAGAAUAAAUCUGCCUCCUUUAUUUACACCACUGUAUUUUAACGUUGGUGAUCCUGACGUUACUGAGACAGCGAAGCACUGGAGUUCAAUCAAACCUGAUGAUGAAGGAACAUUGUGUCAAAAAAUAUGUCGGGUUACAGAAGUGUGACAUUCACUCAAAAAUUACAAAAAAGCAGUGUUUUUCUGAAUUCACAAGAUCAUUUUUGAUCAAAUAAUAAUUAUUUGCGUUCAGUAUAUAUGAAUUGACCAGAUUAUUUUUGCGGAAAAAGACUUUUUUUCUGAAUUAACUACAAAAUAUUACUGGAAUUUUUUUUUGCCCUUUUUUUUUUAACUACAUAAAUUUACUUUUAAAAAAAUUGCCCCUUUUGACGAUUUUUGAUAAAUGUUUUGCUCUGUUUUUCCCCCAAAAGAAAAAAAAAUCUGUUUAUAUUUUUAAUUUUGUAUUCAUGAAGUUAUUUUUCAGGCCCUCAUGUGGAGGAUAAAGCGGUAGAAGAUGGGUGAACUCAUUUUUCUCAAUAAUGAAGGAUAAAGAUUUUUAGUUCAAAUGUCAUUUGUUCAGAAAAGUCAACAUUUUUGGUUAAAUUUUCUUGUUAAUUGAGAAAAUCUGUUUUAUGGUUUUUUUUUUAGGUGAAUGUCAAAUCCAGUGAGAAAACUGAAGGAACAGCAGUGAAUUUUAAAUAUAGGUUAAUUUACUGGAAAACAUCAUGGUGUAAACAAUUUUUAACUUUAGUCGACAGUAAAAUUGUAAAAUAACGAAGAAGAUGAAUGAUGUUGUAAAAAUCUACAUCGAUAACUCAACACUACAGUAUUUUAUCGUUUGCAGGAGUUCCUGUUUGGACUUAUUUUUGUAUAUUUGAGAGAAUAUUUCAGUCGUUAAAAUGUCACUGUUUUUGUUUUACAGUGUAGACUCUCUCGUCUUGUUAGUUUUCACCUCCACACUUUCUCUGUUGUUUGUUGUUGUUUGUUUUUCCUCUCCUUUGUUACAGGAGACCGUGCUGCUCGUACACAUCAUACAUAACGUCAUAUUUAAUCAAAUGCAGUGUAAUUUCCCGGCACAGUUACACGUCAAAGUGCCAAUUUUUUUACGGUACAUCAUCAUUGUCAUCAUUGUCAUCAUUGUCAUCAUCACAGUUUGAUGAGAAAGACAUUUGUCUCUCUUCUUAUGACACAAUGUGAACAAACGGAGACGAAUAAUAAACUUGAAAUGGACGUAUUUCUUUCACA